AUAACUUCCAACAUUCCCAAAUUCGAAAAAAGAAAUGGAAAAUAAUCAAAAUACCCAGUACUUCCUAAUAGAGUUGCUAGUUCGUUUGGAUUCCCCCUCGUAUAGUUGUGCAAACUUCCACCUCGUACCAACAUAAUUGAUUUUAUUUAUGUUCCAAACCUAUAAGAAUAUAUACAUAUCAAUUUUAUUCAGGAGUGAUCAUCAGAUAUGGGCUGCCGACAAGGAGGAGUUGCAGAGGAAGGAAACGCCGCCGUCUCCGACGUUUUGUUGCUCACCACAAUGUGCAUCGUCGGCCUUCCGGUUGAUGUUCAUGUGAAGGAUGGCUCUAUUUAUUCUGGUAUAUUCCACACUGCUUGUGUAGACAACAACUAUGCGAUUGUUUUGAAGAAAGCAACAAUGGUCAAGAAGGGGAGUAAGGAAGCAAAUGUAACUAGUGGAAAUGUCAUAGAGACGCUUGUGAUUCUAUCUGAAGAUCUUGCACAAGUUGUUGCUAAGGGAAUUACACUUCCCAGUGAUGGUAUCCCUGGACAUGUAAAGGGUGAUGGCGGCGGAGCUGUAGUUGAUGAUAUUCAUUCCCCUGAGGAUGUAGAGAGGGAGGCCAAGUCUUCAAAGCCUGAUGAGUCUAAUAGAAAAAGGAGGGCUCAAGUAAGCAAGAAAGAGGGGAGAUUGGACAGAAGGGAGAUCACUGUAUUUCAUCAAGGGCAAACUCGGCAAGAAGAUCAGGGCACAAACCCGCAAGUGCAUGUGUGUCAAUCUCACUGCAAUGCUUUAAGGGAAAGCUUGGGACAGUCACCUGUUAUUGCUUGUUCUGACACUCCCAUUGUGUCAUUGGCCAAACUUGAAAUUAAUCAAAGAUCUGCUAUUUCUCCAUCUGGUGUUCCAAAAGAAGGUACAUCUGUUUCAGAUGUUACACCUUCUAAAGUUUUCCCCAGUUCAUCACAUUUUCAGACUGAUCUAGUGCCUCCAAGAAGUUCAAUCUGUAACAAAUCUGCAAAGGAGUCUAAGCUCAACCCAGGGGCCAAGAUAUUCCGUCCAUCUCUUAUUCACCAAAGAGCUGUUAACCCUCCUGCAAUGCAAACAAUGGCUUAUGUGCCUGAGUCAUGUCAUGUGGUACCAGUUGCUACUCCUGAACCUGAAGUUGAAAUCGGUGCAUCUCUUCCUCCUCGGUCUUCUCUCCCUAUUAAGCUUUUCCAAUAUAACAAUUUGGUUGCAGGAAAUGGCAACAUUGAUGUACAGUAUGUCCAACCUGGAAUGGGAUACACUGGAAACAGGACAGUGCCUAGGUAUGGUAGUCAGUAUGAUCAACCUCUGGCUGGGACUGGGUAUAUGCAUCCUAUCACAGAAAAUGUAAGCCUUUCCUUUACCGGAAAGAUACCUGGCCAUUUUUUCAAGUCUUGCUUCCAUAUUACCUUGUGAUCGACUUCAAUAUAUUGUUCCACAUAACUUCCCACUGUUUUCUUAGUGAUAUAAUCUGUAAUUCUGAGCUCUCCUGUCAAAAAGUCCACCCACAAGUUGGCAGGUGAGUCACGACUACUUGGACCUUUUCCAUCCAGAUGCACGAGAGAAAAAGAAACAGCUGGAUGUUAGAACCUGCAGAUUAUACUAACAGUUUACAGGUCACAGUUGGACAUUUGGGGCCAGUUGUGUAUGUGCAUCCCGUUUCUCAUGGUGUUGUGCAGAGUACCUCAGGGUUCUCUCAAGUACCCUCAUGUACUUCGUUAAAUCCACUUCAGGCCAAUCUCGCUAAGCAUCAAGGAAAUACUGCGACACAAACAUUUCCACUGCGUGUGGCUCCUCCUUUCAUAGCUGGCGCACAGCAUACAUACACUCUGCCAAGCCAAGUUCGCCUUUCUCAUCCCUCGUUUCCAUUAAUGCGACUAGUGCAAAUCCCAGGAUCAAAUGGGGUUUUCAGCUCCAAAUUUGCAUGAUAUCAGCAACAGCAUUGACAUCAUUGGCUAGCCGUGGUCUUUUUCUAUUGCUUACGCUCAUUCUCAAAUUUGGGCAAGUUUUUUCCUUUUGAUUUUGCUCAUUACACCUGUUAGCAUUAUUCGUUUUCAUUGAUUGCUUGUAAAUUGAGUUUUGGCGGGAGCGAACUGGAAGUUUUAUGUUCAAGCAUAGUAGGGAAAGAUUUUAGUUGUCAUAGAAGGGUUUCAGUUUUGAAAUGGUUAAAGAGAGAUGGAUUACAGGAGUUUUUUCUGCUUUCCUUUGAAAUACUAAAGGUCAUCAAAUAAGAAUAUUUAUUGUUACACCUCGGGAUGAUAUGUGUUUGUCAG